ACUAAAUCAGCGCCACUUUAACCACUUUCGUGAGCCCAUCGGUCGUGUGUCUGGAGUGUCGGCAUGUCUUGGAUGUGGCCAUCGAUGCGGCCGUGGAUGCCGUGGAUCAUCACAUCGGUGUCCGUCGCUUACGUGCUGUACAUUCACCACAAACUCCGGCGCCAGUCGUCCACCUCUUCGGCCGACAAUCCAUCGAUGAAUCCAUUCAUUGAGAAACACAAACAGAAAGUGAAACACGUGUUGAAAGGCGAAGACCUCGAGAAAGACGAUAAUCAAGAGAUAACUUGUCAUAACACUAACGGCACGACAUCGACAAGUGGUGUCCAAUGCGAAGAAUGCGAUGAGAGUAGACCUCGAGGUCGGCGGUCAGCCUAUUCUUACUUUGUGAGCGAAUGCGCCGACAGUGAGUCCAAUCGGUUGUGUCUGUCGGCCGACGAUCGGCUCAUAUUUGCGGAAUUUGCAAAGAAAUGUGCCCACAAUUGGAAGAAGUUGUCCGAAGAGCAGAAACAAUACUAUCACCAAUUGUCUGAAACCGACAAAAAGCGUUACGACAGCGAAAUGAAGAGAUAUCGCAAACAGAGAUCCAAACAAUCGAAAAGUAUCUGCAAAAAGAAAGUGAUCGAAGAUAUAAGUGAAGACAAUCUGUUGAAUAUGGCUUUCGAUCUGUUUGCCGGCGAAGAGAUGCCUGUAGUCAGAGGCCAGAGACCAUCGAUUACCGAUAAUAAUGAAGAGAUUUUGAGCGAAUUAUUGGUUCGUUGGGACAAAAGUGAAGCCCAUUUCAAGAAUCACUAUUUGGAUCGCAUAAGACAAGAGUCGGCCGCGUUUAACAUGAGCUUCAAUACCAGUAUUAAAGAUGAGGACGACUUAAGUGUUGACGGAUUAGCCGUUGAUAACAAUUGCGGUUCGGAUCCGGAGCCAGAGUUAUCGUUGUGCCGGUGCUGGCGAUCCGAGACGUUCCCACUUUGCGACGGCGCCCACAAGGAGUACAACAAGAAGCACAACGACAACGUCGGACCCGUCAAUAUUGAAUGGAGCGACGAGUCGGACGAUUACUUCCAGUCCAAGACAUUAGGCGAACCGGACAUACAGUCGAUGAACGCGUCCACAGAGUUGAGCUCAUUG